ACUGUCUGAUCUGUGUCAUGUCACAAAGCUCUCACAUUAUAAUUGUGUUCAGUUUGGAGUCUAAGUACUGAGACAGAGAGUUUAAGAAUCCGAUUGAAUUUUCACCGGUUGUGUGAACAACGAAAGUUACAUUAGAUAAUUAUACAAGAUCUGAUAUGGGGGAGAAGGAAAGGAAAAGACAAGAGUUUAUAGAGGAGACUAAGACAUUCUUGCAGACUUGCCAGAACACAUUCAGUAAUAUCCUGCAACAAAUGGACUGGUCACCUUCCCAUUUUAUACAGCAAAAGGAGAUGGGAGUUUGCUGCUAUGACCCAGGGCAUAUAAUGAGUAAAGAGGAACUGAAGAAACACGAGCCGAUAUGUAGAUUUACCUCUAGAGGGGUCCCAAAAACAGAGGCUCUGGAUGAAUCAAAGAAAACAUCACAGUUUUUCUACAGGAAUAUAAACAGUGUCUGCAAUGUUCCUAUUGACAAGGAGACGUUAAACAAAGUGCUGUGGGAGCAUCAUGUGACAAACCACUCAAUUUUUUAUGGCAAGAGUGAAGUCCCUUUGACAACUGAGGAGGAAACCAUUUUGCUUACCCCAAGUGAACGUGGUGCCCUUCAUAGCUAUAUAAUAAACAGAGCCAAAGAGCAAAGAAAUAUUCAAGGACUGGAAACAGAUACUCUGCUGACAGCAGAUUUUCAAGAAAUUGUUAAAAAGAAAGCUUUAGAGGGACAGAAUAGUAAGCCUACAAGUUAUACAGAGUAUCUGAAGGCUAUGAGAGACUACAAGAGAAGGAGGCAGUCAUACAGAGCAAAAAAUGUACACAUCACGAGGAAAUCUUAUACAGAGAUCAUCAAGGAAGUGAUUGAAAAUCAAACAGAAUAUCUCACAGAGAUAUUAAAACAAGAUCAGCAAUGUGACCAACAAGUCACGGAAAGACACACAUUGACAGAGCAUACAAAGGACUUUGAGGACACUGUAACAGUUACAGAAAAGAUUGAUGGAAAACAAAAUGCUGAUGUCCAACAAAAAGACGAAGACAGAAGAAGAAGACUUGAUACAUCUUAUCACAGAAAUAAACACAGGAGCAGAAGUCGUGAAAAAAGUAGACACAGAGAAAGGGACAUGAAGCAUGAUAAGGACAGGGAAAGAAACAGAAGCAGAAGCCGAGAGCAUAGAAGCAGAAGCCGAGAGCAUAGAAGCAGAGAGCAUAGAAGCAGAAGCCGAGAGCAUAGAAGCAGAGAGCAUAGCAGAGAUAAACAUAAACACAAGCAUAAACACAAGCACAAACACAAAAAAUCUGAACACUGAUAUUACUUUUGAUUAUUUUUUUCAUGCUUGUUUAUGUUUAUCAGUCUACAUUGUGUUUUGCUGAUAAAACUGGAACCUGAAUUUAUUUAUUGUGCUUUUAUUUAAAAAGUAAAAUACAAGUAAAGGAUGUAAGAUUUAGCAAAAGAAUGCAUUACAUGUAUUAAUAAGUUAAUUCAAAGAAUGCAUGGCAGCUAAAUAAUGGAUUUAGGUGAAAUGAAUGCUAUUAAUAAA